GAGCUCAAUUCUCUCCGCUCCCCUCUCAACGCAACCAUUAAUAACAGACCGUUGUUAUUCAUGGCAUCUCAAACCACCACCAACACCACAAACUAACUCGGCAACUAAACCAACAUCCUCCUCAAGAUCCAAAUAAAGAAACCCAAAUUUACACAGAAAAAAAUACCUCUCAGAUAUGAGAGGAACUCGUCCACCAACGAAAUCAGGGUUUUCUACACUCGAAGAUGAGACAGAAACACCAGUUCGACCACCACCACUCGGUCCUGCCGGUGUUGGUGCGAACAGGAAGAAAGCAGUGAUAGGUGUUAGAACAUGGUUAAUUCUUGAUUCAACAGGUCAUGCUCAAUCAGUUGAAGUUGGGAAACAUUCAAUUAUGCGUAAAACUGGUUUACCAGCUAGAGAUUUAAGAAUUCUUGAUCCAUUAUUAUCAUAUCCAUCAACUGUAUUAGGUCGUGAGAAGGCAAUUGUUAUUAAUCUUGAACAUAUUAAAGCUAUUAUCACUGCACACGAAGUUCUUCUUUUGAAUCCCAAAGAUCCUGCUGUGAUGCCAUUUGUUGAAGAGAUUCAACAUCGUUUGUUGCGACUUUAUCAAGCUACUAAGAGCCAGGAAGGUAGGGCUAGUGGGGAUGAAGAAGAAUGGGCAGGUUUGUAUGAUUUGGAGGAGACACGGUCUAGGUCAAUGAGUCCAUCUAACUAUUCGGGGAGAUUUUGGCCAGUUCAUGAUACUGAGGAAGGAGGUAAGAUGGAUGGCAAGUCUGGGUUGGAGAUUAGGGAGAAACCGAAGGUCCUUCCCUUUGAAUUCGUCGCGCUAGAAGCUUGUUUAGAGGCAGCUUGUAGCUGCUUAGAUAAUGAAGCAAGGACGCUGGAGCAAGAAGCUCACCCGGCUUUGGAUAAGCUGACAACUAAGAUUAGUACUCUCAAUUUGGAACGAGUCCGGCAAAUUAAGAGUCGAUUAGUUGCAAUCACUGGGCGUGUUCAAAAGGUGAGGGACGAACUUGAACAUCUGCUGGACGAUGAUGGAGAUAUGGCUGAGAUGUAUCUGACAGAGAAGAUAGUGAAACAACACGCGGACGAGGAUUCUUAUGAAGGAGAGGACAUAUAUGACAGAGGUCUUCAACCAGACAUGGGUGACAGAAUUCCAGCUGAAAUAUCUUUAGAGGGAAAUGAUGUUCCAGCUAGUUAUGAAGGGGAUCUCCAGAAUCCUGACACACAUGAGGAUUUAUUUGGUAUGCAUAGAGCGUUUAGUAGAGGCAGUCAUGGAACCCACACUAGCACCACAUACAGUGGGAUGAGCAAACAGUUCGAUGUUGAGGAGCUUGAAAUGCUCUUGGAGGCAUACUUUGUGCAGAUUGAUGGUACACUGAACAAAUUAUCCACGCUAAGGGAAUAUGUUGAUGACACGGAGGACUAUAUUAAUAUCAUGCUGGACGACAAACAAAAUCAUCUCUUACAGAUGGGGGUUGUUUUGACCACAGCUACUCUCGUGAUUAGUGCAUUUGUCGUGGUGGUUGGUAUUUUUGGAAUGAAUAUCACUAUUGAUUUGUUCGAUGAUAAAAAAGCUGGAAUGACCGAAUUCAUCUGGACUGUUGGUGGUGGUGCAACUGGUACUAUAUUCCUUUAUGUGGUUGCCAUGGCAUGGUGCAAACACAAACGACUGCUGGAGUGAGUUUUAUUUUUAUGAUCUGUAUCCUCUGCUUGUUAUUAAGCUUACUGCAUAAUAACUAUUGCAUACCUCUUCUUGUUACUGUUGAGUUAGAUAUGCAACACUGUUUUCUUGGAUAUUCAGUAGUCAGUACAAGGUGUUACCUGUAUCAUUUACCUCUACAAUAAAUAAUACUGUGUCAAUAUUUCAAGCUUGAUGUUAUAAAUAAUGCUGCUGAUUUCUAUAUUUGACAGUAUAUACAAUGUUAUUAAUUCAAUCCAAACAUCAAGUAAAUGGA